AUGGCUGCUACAACUCAGAACAUACUCCUCUUCGGCGCUACCGGACUCAUUGGCCAACACAUCACAAGAGCAAUCCUCGACAAUGCCUCUAGCUUUGGAACAAUCGGCAUAUUCACUUCUCCAGACACUGCAUCAGCAAAAGCAGACAAGAUCAAAGCACUAAAGUCCCAGGGAGCAGAGAUCAUCAUCGGCGACAUCACUUCUAAGGACGAUAUCAAUGCAGCCUACGACAAGUACGACACCGUCGUGUCUUGUCUCGGCCGCCCAGUGAUACAGAACCAACUGUUGCUCGUCGAACUCGCCGACAAGCAUCCCAACAUCAAACGUUUCUUCCCAUCCGAGUACGGAACAGACAUCGAGUAUGGACCGCAGUCAGCGAGCGAACCGCCUCAUCAACAGAAGCUAAAGGUCCGAGCGGCGAUGAAGCAGGUCAUUGAUCUGGAGUAUACUUAUGUCGUGACUGGGCCGUAUGGCGAUGCCGACGCGGGACUGUUCUUGAGUGCCUCCCCCGUUGAGAAUGAAGCCAGAGGCACGUUUGACGUGAAGCGGAAGCGAGCGGUUCUGCUUGGAAAUGGCGAGGGCCCAAUUAGCUUGACGACCAUGAAAGAUGUCGGCCGGCUCGUGGUCGCUGCUCUGAAGCAUCCUGAAGCGGCGAAGAAUCGGGCUCUGAAAGUGAAUUCAUUCACGACCACGCCGAAGCAGAUUGUGGCGGAGUUUGAGAAGCAGACGGGAGGGUCCUGGGACGUGUCGUACACGAGUCUCGAGAAGCUGAAGGAGAUGGAGAAGCAGGCGUAUGUGGCUGGGGAUCCCAAGGCCGGGCCGUUGACGCUGAGAAGGAUUUGGACGGAGGGCGGAACCUUGUAUCAGAGUCGUGAUGAUGGUGUUAUCGGGAUGGAGGAUAAAAUGGAUUCAUUGCAGGAUGCUGUGGGCCGAGCGAUCCAGGUCCAGACCAGCAGCUAG